CCGCCGCCUCCCCGCUGGAGCCCGGCGCCCCGCGCCCGGGAUCGCUGGCGCCAUGGACCGAGGCCGGGUGCUGGAGGAGCUGCUUCCCGAGAUCACCGGGCUGCUCAGCCUCCUGGACCAUGAGUACCUCAGUGACACCGCCCUGCAGAAGAAGAUGGCCGUGGCCUCCAUCCUGCAGAACCUGCAGCCCCUCCCAGCCAAAGAAGUCUCCUACCUGUAUGUGAACACAGCAGAUCUCCACUCCGGGCCCAGUUUUGUGGAGUCCCUCUUUGAGGAAUUUGACUGUGACCUGAGUGACCUUCGCGACAUGCCGGAGGACGAGGGGGAGCCCAGCAAAGGAGCCAGCCCUGAGCCAGCCAAGAGCCCGUGCCUGAGAAAUGCCACGGACCUGCCUCCACCUCUCCCCAACAGGCCUCCUCCUGAGGACUACUAUGAGGAGGCCCUUCCCCUUGGGCCUGGGAAGGCCCCCGAGUACAUCAGCUCCCACAAUGGCUGCAGCCCCGCCCACUCCAUCAUGGAUGGCUACUAUGAGGAUGCUGACAGCAGCUACCCUGCCACCAGGAUGAACGGGGAGCUGAAAAACUCCUACAAUGACUCUGACGCGAUGAGCAGCUCCUACGAGUCAUAUGAUGAGGAAGAAGAGGAAGGAAAGGGGCCGCAGCCCACGCACCAGUGGCCCUCGGAAGAGGCCUCCAUGCACUUGGUGAGGGAUUGCAGGAUAUGUGCCUUCCUGCUGCGGAAGAAGCGCUUCGGGCAAUGGGCCAAGCAGCUGACUGUCAUCAAGGAGGACCAGCUCCUGUGUUACAAAAGCUCCAAGGACCAGCGGCCACACCUGAGGCUGGCACUGGACACCUGCAGUGUCAUCUAUGUUCCCAAGGACAGCCGGCACAAAAGGCAUGAGCUGCGCUUCUCCCAAGGGGCUACCGAGGUCUUGGUGCUGGCUCUGCAGAGCCGGGAGCAGGCCGAAGAGUGGCUGAAGGUUAUCCGAGAGGUGAGCAAGCCCGUCAAAGCAGAGGGAGUGGACACACCCAGAUCCCCAGUCCUCCUGUGCAGGCUGGACCCGGACAAGAGACUGUCCCAAGAGAAGCAGACCUCAGACUCUGACAGCCUGGGCAUGGCUGACAACUGCUCAAGUCUUGGCCGUGAACAUGGCAAGGGGAAGAAGAGCAGCCUGGCAGAGCUGAAGGGCUCAAUGAGCAGGGCUGCGGGCCGCAAGAUCACCCGCAUUAUCAGCUUCUCCAAGAAAAAGGCGCUGGCUGAUGACCUGCAGACGUCCUCCGCUGAGGAGGAGGUUCCGUGCUGUGGUUAUCUGAACGUGCUGGUGAACCAGGGCUGGAAGGAGCGCUGGUGCUGCCUGAAGUGCAACACACUGUAUUUCCACAAGGACCGUGCAGACCUGCGCACCCACGUGAACGCCAUUGCCCUCCGAGGCUGUGAGGUGGCCCCGGGCUUUGGCCCCAGGCACCCCUUUGCCUUCAGGAUCCUGCGCAAUCAGCAGGAGGUCGCCAUCCUGGAGGCGAGCUGCUCCGAGGACAUGGGCCGCUGGCUUGGACUGCUGCUGGUGGAGAUGGGCUCCAGAGUCACCCCUGAGGCGCUGCACUAUGACUACGUGGACGUGGAGACCUUAACAAGCAUCGUCAGCGCCGGGCGCAACUCCUUCCUAUAUGCAAGAUCCUGCCAGGAUCAGUGGCCCGAGCCCCGGGUCUACGAUGACGUCCCUUAUGAGAAGGUGCAGGACGAGGAGCCUCCGCGGCCCACAGGGGCCCAGGUGAAGCGCCAUGCCUCCUCCUGCAGUGAGAAGUCCCAUCGAGUGGACCCACAGGUCAAAGUCAAGCGGCAUGCCUCCAGUGCCAACCAGUACAAGUAUGGUAAGAACCGAGCUGAGGAGGAUGCCCGGAGAUACUUGGUAGAAAAGGAGAAGCUGGAGAAAGAGAAGGAGACCAUACGGACCGAGCUGAUGGCGCUGCGGCAAGAGAAGAAGGAGCUGAAGGAAACCAUCCGGAGCAACCCAGGAGCAAAAUUAAAGGUUCUGGAGGAGGCCAUGGCCACCCUGGAAGCUCAGUGUAGAGCAAAGGAGGAGCGCCGGAUCGACCUGGAGCUGCGGCUGGUGGCUGUGAAGGAGCGUUUGCAGCAGUCCUUGGCAGGGGGCCCGGCCCUGGGGCUCUCUGUGAGCAGCAAGAACAAGAAUGGGGAAACUGCAAAUAAACCCCAGAACACCACCUCAGAGCAACCUCUCCCCGUCAACUGUGUUUCUGAGCUGCGGAAGAGGAGUCCGUCCAUUGUAACCUCCAGCCAAGGAAGGGUGCUGCAGAAAGCCAAGGAAUGGGAAAUGAAGAAGACCUAGAAAGAAGAGAAUUUCAUCCAAAGGAAAUAUCAACUUGUCCAUCCAAGACAGAAAAGCUUUUUUUCACUGGGUGACACCAAAAGACUGGAAGUAGCCCCCACUCUCCUGGACACCCAAAAGACCAGCCUUUAUUGUCUACAUGAUUACAGGGGACAUGGGGAGGGAAGAAGUAGAAUGGAAGAGGGGAAUGGAGGACAUCCCUAUAACUUUACAGAGGAUGGAAAAUGGGGGUGAAGGGAGAUGAAAUUUGCACAGUUUAAAGGUUUUGUUGGAUGUCUUUGCCUUCUCUUCUAAAGGAGAAAUGAAAGCGUGUCAAUAAGCCAUUCCAUCCUUUCUCAGCAUCCUAUGCCCAGGCCUUAGGGCAAUGGAAGGCAGUGCUAAGGCAUCCACAGUGCUGUGUUGAGCCGAGGCGUGAUCAUCUGAUCACACUUGUGCCAGGUGGAUUCAUUGGGUAUUACUGACAACCUCCAGGCAAGACAGAUAGGCUGAAAUAUCAAUAGAAUCAUCCCUGCCUGCAUAAAGGUAAACCAAAGAAAUUCAGAUGACUAUGUCUUUGUCCUCAUCUUGCAUUCAGAUACCCACCUAGUCUUCCCUUCCCUAUCUGCUAUCAAGAAAAACAUGUGGUUCAUUUCUGCCACAUGGGUGCUAAGCAUUGUAUAAACCCUCGAUACUUUUAUAGGGAAGUAAAAACCCCAACUCCUAGGAAGUCUCUACUACCUGAGCCAUUCACUACUUGCCAAACACUCUAAGCACUUUAUAGGUGUUUACCAUGUUUCCUUCCAAUAAAGAUAAAGCUGUUAACUGUAAUUGUUCAGGAGCUAGAUCAAGGGAAAUGCCAGAAUAACCUCUGGGCACUUUGCUAACAGCUUUACAUGGUUCCCCUACCUACAGCUUUAUUACAUAAACCUCAUCCAAACUUUACCAUCCCAUGAGGUGGAAAAGAAGUUAACCACAACCACCCAGCUGGUCAGUGGCAGAGCGUAAAUCUUACGAAACUGGAUUCAGACAGGACUGGGUUUGAGUAGCUUUUGCUACUUACCAGUUGUCUUUGGGAAAGUUACUUGACCUCUUUUUUUUUUUCCCCUUACCUAUAAAAACCAGGUUAACAAUUGCACUUCCUUCCCAAGACUGUUGGGGAAUUUAGUGAGAUAAUACAUUGGAAGCAAUGUGCAGUAUAUAGGAAAUAUGAAAUGCUCAAUCAAAAGUGGCUUUUAUUAUUAGCUAGAUGAUAAGUGUCUGACUCAAAAUCCCAUAUUCUUUCAACUGAAGAAGAAAUGAUCUUUCCAUGGUAAAUAUAGCCAUCGAAAGCUAAAAGGCAACCAAUCUUUUAGUGACAGUUUUCACCCAGAUUUAAUUUGCAAUGAAAAAGAAACUCACAUAACCCGGAUUGUCAAUGUUUUUUAAAAUGCAGGUUCUGGAAAGAUACCCAGCAUUCAUAACUCUGUUCUUAGUGUAUGACAGUCUUUUUCAUGCAGUCAUUUUGGAAGUGAGUGUCUUUUCACACCAACAGAUUUCACACUCUUUGAAAGGUGGAACCCCAGAUAAUUAAUAAUCAACAAUUAUCAUGUUAGCCAGGGUCAACUCCACAGGCAUGUAAUCCACACAUGGAGUACCAUGCUUGGUUUAAUGCUCUGCUGUUGCCCUCUUAAUAAUUUUUGAACAAGGAACUCUACAUUUUUCCUUUUGCCCUUUAAAUUAUGUAGCUAGUCUUGGUACUACUAAUUACAUUUGCAGGCAUUAUCUUUAGUCUUCACUAAAACCCUGUUAGAAAUAUUCUAUUACCGCUUUUCACAGUUAAGGAAAUAAAGUCCAGAGAGGUUAGGUGACUUGCUGAAACGCACAGGAAGGGGUGAAGUCAUCAUGUGAAUACAAGAAGCCUGAUGCUAGAGCCCUUCCUCCUAGUUCUGGGGCUCUGUUCAUCCAUUUCUCCCAUUCCCCUUGCACGGCAACAUUCUAGCACACUAGCACUUAAUAAAUACAUGAACAAAUGGAUGCAUGUUUGCAACACAUGUGGUAUAAAUUGGACAGCUAAGAGAAUUGUAAACAAAAUGACUAAGCAUGGAUGCCAGUUCCUGCUUUUUAAAACACUUGGUUAUUUUUCCAAAGUACUGGCACAUGAGUCAGAGGUAGACUUGAAGCUCUGUCUUUCCCAGCACUGCCACGUCUUUGUACUGUUAAGAAUCCUUGUGUUGCUAGCCCGUUCAUCAGCAAUCUGAGCCUUUAUCUUUCUCCUGUGUAAAAGGGAAUCAUAAUCAUUCUUUAAACCAUGUGGCUUUUCUCUGAAGGCUGAAAGGAAACAUAAGGUAUUGAGCAAGGCCUUGGAUAGAAUAUAAAGAUGCAAAAUACUCCAGCUCUAUCUUCAUGGAAUUCAUAGACAAGCAGAGAAAAUCUGACCCAAAUAGCUACAAGUCACAUCAUAGUGAAGAUUCAGAAUAAAGAGGCACACGUACCAACUCUUAAAAAACUGUAUUUUGGCUUUAGGGUCUAUCCAGUAAUUAGUACAGCAACUCUCAAACACCUCCAACCCCAAUCAUCAGUCCAUCCUUGCAUCCUCUCAGCUUCCCAUACUAACUCCCUUUAAAAUCCAUCCACUUCUAUCUCCAUUAACACCAUCCAACUUCAUUAAUUCAAAAAAUAGUUGAACACAUAAGACAUGCAUCUACUAUGCACACCUAUUACUACUCUACCAAAUGUUGGAAAUAAUAGUUGCAAUAAGACAGACAUCUUCAUGAAGCACACACUAGUAGAGAAGCAAAAAAGGUGCAGGACAUACCUAAAACAGUUACUUCCGAGGAUGGUUACAAAGGUCUCUAUGGCAGUGAGCCCAGAACAAUAUAUCCUCUAUUGCAUGGACUAUUCUAACAAUUUGUCUAUUACCUCCGGCCUCCUUAUCCCCUCUGUACGCAGUCAGAAUAACCCCCUCAAACAUGUAAAGGCUUUGUAAUAUGUCCCCAUUGCAAUCAGACUAAGAUUAAAGUUCAUUCGAGAAAUAAAAUUCUCAGCAAUUAGGUUAGGGCACUUGUUCCUUGGAAAUGAACAAAAAUGAAUCUCAGCCAUAAUGGAGUUUACAUCUUAGUGAGCGGAUACGAACUGGCGGGAGAACAGCAAGAGAAGUCAUGGCAGGAAGAGACAACGUUUUGCCUUUUUAAGUCCCACAAGUGGCCUGGCCCUGCCUCACUGUACGGCUUAGGUCUCACUGGGCUUGGGAGAUGCUGAUAUUUCCCUCCCAUGAACUUCACUCUUCCUCCUCUCAUCUACUCGAGCUUCAGUUUUCAGUUCAGAAGUUAUUUCCUUUGGGGAAAUCCCCCAAAGCCUACGGCAUUCUAGGUAUUCUAGGCUUCUGCAGCAGAGCGUUCUGUAAACACCGCUCAUAGUCUGGCUUUUACCGCCUUUGCGUUUGU